AUGGAAGAAAUAGAAAUUGAACCCGAAGAAUAUUUUUAUAGCCAAAAUAUAUCCUUUGACUUUGCCGAUUUUUCAGAAAAUAAUAUUCAACUAUUAAAUGAAUACACCGAAGAUAGUUUAUCUGAGAGAAGUAAAAAUGAAAAUAAUAAUUUUGAAAUAUAUUCUAAUACAA